UAUUGAAUAAUUUCUUACAUAAUAAUUUCUUAUUUUAUCAAACAACUUUGUUUUUUAUUUACUAAUUUUGUUUUUAUUCGUAAUUUAAUUUUUAUCUUAUUGAAUAAUUCAGUUUUUAAUCUACCGGUAGUAAUUUGAUUUUUUAAUGUAUGAUAUACACUUAAAGGCUUCCAUAUUUCGGUUUUGAUCCGCGCACGAGGCGGUAUAUAUUUAGGAGUUACCGACCUUGUCGUGUCAUUUGUUGUGACACAUUUACAGGCCUUCAGCUGCUCUGAGUGUGUAGGCUUGCUGGCGUGCCUUGAUGCGGAGUUUACUUGAGAGAGGAAAUAUGUGGACUAUCGUGAUGGGCGCUCUUGCAGGGCUCCUAGGCGCCUCGUACCUCGGUAUCAAAUACUGGAUGCCGUGGUUAAUUUACGAUUUACAGUUUUUGUGGGUUAUAUUGAAUGGUUAUUUGAUCCCGAUGACAUCCGACAUCAAAAACAGAAAGCUAACAAUUGACCGUGUAGAAGAAACUGUACAGAGGUACCCGAACAAGCCCAUGUUAGUGUACGGAAAUACUACUUUCACGUACAGCGAAUGUAAUGCUUUCGCGAACAAAGUGGCCAGUACUGCUCUAAGUCUUGGUUUGAAGAGAGGAGAUGUCGUUGCAAUCAUCCUGGCCAAUGAACCGGAUUUUGUAUGGACAAUGAUAGGUUUGCAGAAGAUUGGAGUUCAGAUGGCCUUCAUCAACUAUAAUUUACGAAAUGAAUCACUAGUGCAUGUUAUCAAAAUAGCAGAACCCAAAAUGAUAUUUGUAUCAAGAGAAAAAGAAAUUCAAAGACCAGUGACAGAUAUUCAUCAGGCACUAACUGGGAUACCUGUCUACCAUUUCGGAGAAGCAGAUGAUCCCAACUUUUUGCCACUGGACCCGAUUCUUGAAAAAUCUUCAGAACAAAAUGUCGGUGAAGACAUUCGAAAACAAAUCCGUAUGACGGAUAACAGUCUUUACAUCUACACUUCGGGAACAACAGGUUUACCAAAAGCUGCUUACAUUCCUACAGAAAAGAUUGUUAAAGCUGCCUGGAGUAUGGCUUCGUUGAACCUGAGUUCAGAUGACAUUGUGUAUACAGCUCUUCCGCUUUACCAUUCCUCAGCUUCUCUGCUUGCACUUGGCAAUGUGUUAAGAACUGGAGCAACAAUGGUACUCAAGAAGAAGUUUUCCGCCUCUAAUUUCAUCAAAGACUGUCGAGAAAACAAGGUGACAGUGGUGCAUUACGUGGGCGAACUCUUUCGCUAUGUGUCGGCUACACCCCCAAAUAGUUCUGAUACCGACCACUGCAUUCGAUGUGCCUUUGGAAAUGGAUUGAGAAUAGACGUGUGGAAAAUAAUGCUAGAAAGAUUCAAAAUACCACACAUAUACGAGUUUUAUGCAGCGACAGAAAUGCCUGUUGGACUGGCAAACAUCUCAAACACGGUGGGAUCUGUGGGUCGCAUGUCACCAUUGUUGAAACUCACUCUUCCAUGCGAGUUCGUAUUGUACGACGAAGAAAAUGAGAAUGUCGUGAGAACCAAAGAGGGACUCUGUAUGCUGGCCCCACUAGAAUCUCCUGGACUUUUGUUAAUAAAGUUAGAUGAAAAGCGUCGGAUGACCUUUGAGGGAUACAAAGGGAAAGAAUCUGAAAGGAAGAAGAAAUUAGUGUACAACGUGCUCCGCCAGGGGGAUUGUUACAUUAACACAGGGGACGCCUUAACACGUGAUAAAAAUUAUUUCGUGUACUUCGCUGACAGAUUAGGAGACACAUUUAGAUGGAAGGGGGAGAAUGUAUCGACAACAGAAGUCGCUAAUAUCUUCAUGGAGUUGGAUAUUUUGUCGGAUGUCUGUGUAUACGGUGUACGAAUUGGAGAUAAUGAAGGGAAAGGUGGAAUGGCAGCAAUUAGCUUGAAAAAUCAACCAGAGGACCUCAGUUUAAAUACAGAGCAAUUACUGAACAUAGCUCAACAUUGUAAAAAACAUUUACCUUCAUACGCAAGACCCAGGUUUAUUCGAGUUGUGAAAGAAUUCAUCUACACCAGUACCUUUAAACAGAGUAAGCUGAAAUUGAAGGAGGAAGGAUAUAACUUGGCUGAGGUUGCGUCCCCAGUUUACUACUUGGAUUGCAAGGAAAAUACGUACACAGAGAUGACACCAGAUGUAGAAAGAGACAUCACCUCCGGAACUGUGAAGAUGUAGAAUGAAAUUCAUGCUCUUAUUGUAUGUUAUAUUAUAUGUUAUCUAUGGUGUAUAUAUAUAUAUAUCCAAAUUGGUUUUUUUAAAACAAUCACAGUGUCCAGUAUAAGAUAUUAAAAGAAAUAAAAUAAACAGUACACAAAGUUAAAAUUUUAACGUAAGCGCUUUCAUUUCAUAAUCCUCAGGCGUUACAUUUUAAGGUAGUUUUGAAAUGGCCAUUUCAAAACUAUUUUAAAAUGUAACGCCUGAGGAUUAUAAAAUGAAACCGCUUGCAUAAAAUUUUUAACUUUGUGUACUGUUUAUUUUAUUUCUUCAUAUAUAUAUAUAUACAGAGAAUAUAAUAAUACUUUUGCAAAAAGCAUAUAUUUUUUAAUUAUAUUUAAAUAUACAGCCUUUAUCAUCUUC